UUUGCAUUUGAACGUCGCGGUGUUUGUUUCGCGGUACUUCGCCAGCGAGUUUCGAGCUAUCGAAAAGAUUUCUCCGAGAAAAGAACGUGGAUACGAUCGUACAAGACUGGCGAUAGAUCGAACGAUAAGAUCAAUUUUAAAUUGGGAACUAACGUAAGGAAAGUAAAAUUAUUUGUUUAAAAGUCUUCCGACUUUCUACACGUAUACGCGCGACGAGUCAACUACGAAGAAGAUUUUCUUUCGGUGUGAAAGAGAGUGAGAAGGAACAGUGGUAAAAAGGGGAGACGAAAGAAAAAAAGAAAAUCAAGGAGUCGCGGGUCGUUGAACGAGCGCGCGCAGGGGCGAAACCCUCUGGUCUCGUCGUCGGUGUGUGUAUACGCGUAUACCCUCUCUCUCUCGCGCGCGCGCACGAGCGGGAGAGAGAGACAGAAGAGACGAAGAGACGCGCGUGCGCGUCCCGCGUAUCGCACGGCCAAGGAGAGCGAAAAACGCAAUUGAAGGAAGAACAAGUAGAAGAACGAGAGGAAGAAGCGGAGUAAGAAGUAGAAGAAGCAGCAGAAGAAGUAGAAGUAGAAGAAGAAGAAGAAGAAGAAGAAGAGAGAGAAGAUAGAAGGAAAGGAAAAAGGCGGAGGUCGGGACUUCGGUGGCGGAGCGCGAAUUUAUCGAGUAGAAUCGUAUCCUCGUCUGCAAAGACGAGAAAGAUUCGAGAAGAAGAUCUUCGUAGGCGGCUGCGUCUCCGCGUAUCGAUAGUAGGAGUCUGUUGUUAAAGCGAGAGGGAGGACGAGUGCGUGCGUGCGUGCGUGCGUGCGUGCGUGCGUGCUCGCUCGUUCGCUCGCUCGCGUGCAUGCGUGUGUGCGCAAGAGGUAGGGGAGGACGGUGCGUGCCGUCGAGCGAGAGCCUCGAAAGAAGAGAAAAACAAAACACUCUCGGGUGAAAAGCAAUGCGGGUUCAUUGACUGCGCGCGUCAAGCAAUGGCCGCAUGUUCGUGCCCGGUGCAUAGUGCGCGCGUGACAGGAGCUGCAACGAGAAGGAGGAGGAGCUCGAUCGAGGAUACGACGAGGACGAGACGAGCAUUCCCGACGUCUACCACGUCGACGUCCUCGAAGGCUGCCCGCGAGACCGAACGGUGCACCGCCGGCGAACUCGUGCGAACUCGGCAAACUCGAUUAUAAAAGAUCGAGAAAGCAGCCCGUUGAAAGGGACUACUCUACUUAGAGGAAUAAAGGAAGGAGAGAAAAAGUGUCCGUUCUCGAAUGGACUGGGAUCUCUCGAGGAUCGUUGGAGGAUGCUGCGUUGUCGUAUGGGUUUUCUCCGUUGCUGACGGAGAGUGGACGCGCGCGUGUGCGUGCGUGUUGAGCGAAAAAGCGUUGACGAGUGAUAGUAGAGUGAUAGGAAUCGCGUGUGCUUCGAGCAGAGGUAGGAUCGAAGGAGAAAGAAGAAACGGAGAUAGAAACGACGAUAGAAACGGAAGUAGAAGGGAGUAGUAGAGGCUAGUCGCCCGUCAUCGUCGCCGACUUCAACCUUUGGCGCGUUCCUUCUUGUCAGCGACGCAACCCAGCUAGGAGUGCUCCGAGAGAGAGAGACAGAGAGAGAGAGAGAGAGAGAGAGAGAGAGAGAAAGAAGAAAGCAGGUGAUCAAAUUGUGCAGAGCGAGAAAGAGAGAAAGAGAGAGAGAACGGCGGCCAGCUGAAACCGGCAACCACGCGGUGGACAUGAUUAUUUCAAAGGAUCUCUUCCUCCUUGGCGACCAAGAUUAUCUGCGCCUUCCCAACAACGAGAAGCGCCAGCAACGGGCAAUGGGCCGGCCGAUCAUCAAUGCUCCCAGAGUGGAAAGCUCGACCCUGCAGUUGGUCUGCCCGUUGGAUUCUCGUCCGGUGCAGCUAAUCUUUAGAGGACUGCAGGUGGUCAAGGAGAAGCGGGCGCUUCUUCGAGAUGUUUCGGGAGUCGUCAAGCCGGGCGAGCUCUUAGCCGUCAUGGGCCCUUCAGGAUGCGGGAAAACGACGUUGUUGAAUUGCCUCUCCGGAAGGGUCAGUCUGGACGGCGGAGAGAUUUGGUUGAAUCGCGAGAGGCUCACGAAAAGAUGGCGUCGUAGGAUUUGUUACGUACAGCAGCAAGACGUUUUCUUUCCUGAUCUCACGUUACGACAAACCUUGGAGUACCAGGCGAGGCUGAGACUUCCGGACACGCUGACACACUCGCAGAAGAUGCAGUGCGUCGACCAUAUCAUCGAGGUUCUCGACCUCGCGGCCUGCCAAGAUACCAUUAUCGGCGAUUAUACGAAGCGAGGACUAUCCGGCGGUGAAAAGAAGCGAACGAGCAUAGCCUGCGAACUACUCACGAAUCCGUCCUUGAUGCUACUCGACGAACCAACGAGCGGCUUGGACUCGCACUCCGCGCAGGCUCUGAUCUCACGUCUUAAGAAGUACGCCGAGCAAGAGGGCAAGAGUAUCGUCGUGACCGUGCAUCAGCCGAGUUCACGGAUGUUUCAUAGCUUCAGUAAGCUUCUAUUGCUAAGCCGUGGACAGGUCGCCUAUUACGGUUCGACUGCGAACAUCGGCAGGUUCUUUUCGACGAUCGGAUUGACUCUUCUGCCUCACUACAAUCCGGCAGACUUUAUACUCGAGCAAAUAAAGGGCCCGGAGGAAGUACGAGAACGCAUAGUUGCUGCAGCUCGAGCGGCGAGACAGGGACCCGACUGUCCGCCGGAACUUCGUCCGGACUAUAAUCCCAGCCAACAUCCGCUCUGCGACCAUCUCAUCCAUUAUCACGAACAUCACAUCGGGCACAACGGAAAGGAAGACGAAGGAGGCACCUUAUGGCUGGACACCCAGAGUCAUGCCAGCAGCAGCGCAAAUUCCGCGGACGACGAUUAUUCCUGGCAGUGGCCAACCAGUUUCUGGUCGCAAUUCAAAGUAUUAUCGGAAAGAAAUUUUCAAGAGGCACGACCAAGAAUGCUGUCUCGCUUAAAUUGGCUACAAACGAUAGCCCUAGGCUUGUUGGCCGGUCUUUUAUGGCUGAGGCUACCUAGGACCGAAGCUGCCCUUCACGACAUUCAAGGAUGGAUGUUCUUCAGCACCACGUAUUGGAUGCUCUUCGCACACUUUGGUGCACUCUCCAGUUUUCCUCCGGAACGGGAGGUUAUCAACAAGGAGCGAUUAUCAGGAUCGUAUCGGCUGUCGGCCUACUACUUGGCGAAAAUGGUCGGCGAGCUGCCAUUGACGAUAACAUUACCCGCCGUUUACCAUAUCAUUAGUUACCCAAUGUUGGGCUUCCAGAGCCCGGCGGUCUUUGUCACGUUGUUGGCAUUUUUACUACUCAACACCGUUGUCGCGCAGAGCGUCGGAUUUUUCGUUGGCGCCUGUUGUCUGGAUCUUCAAGUGAGCAUAACCGCUAGCGCCUUGUACACGCUCGCCACUCAACUUUUGGGUGGUUACUUGGCGACAGCUGUACCACCGUGGUUAGCAUGGGCUCGAUACGCCAGCAUGGUGCAUUACGCCUAUCAAAAUAUGCAGAUUCUCGAAUUCGGCGUUGGAGAACCGAUCGCGUGCUCCCAGCCAAGUAAGUUUCUCGAAUGCAAGAACGGUACAACGAUACCCGUGUCGGCAAUAUUGGAGAACCAAGGUGGCGCGAGGGGUUCGGGUUUGCCACUUUGGGCAAACACGGCCGUCCUACUCGCCUUCCUCGUCAUUUUCCGUACCCUCGGAUACCUCGUUCUACGUUAUUAUCGCGUACCCAAAUGAGACGGCCCAACAAAGGCGCACCUACUCUAGGCAGCAUACUUUUCUACGUACUCACCCCGGUUAGACGACACGUCGUGAAAAAACCGCCAUCGAUUACGGCGAUCCCGCGAUUAGAUUGCCCGUCGGUCGUUCAAGAAGGACCGUUUCAAAAAUUUUCAGUUCUUCAAGAGACGAGAGAAGAAUAGAUGAUAGGCGCGAGGCUACGACUCUGGAUAGCUAGUCAUCUCUUUCUCUCUUUCAUUCUCUCGAGGCCAUCGCCAUUUCGGGCCCUUUUGCCUAUUCUCGACGAUAAAAGAAAAAAAAUGCUCCAAUUUUUGGCACUAAGAGAUUAGGCGUGUUAUUUGCAUUAGUUACUAUAUACAUACAUACAUACAUACAUACAUACAUACAUAUAUAUAUAUAUACAUACAUAUAUAUAUAUAUAUGUACACACAUAUACAUUGUAUAAUAUAUCUAGAAACUUUAUACGCGUGCGACGAGCAAGGUGAGUCCAAAGGACAAGUGUGUAAAAGUCGAGAAAGAAAGAGAGAGAGGGAAAGAGAGAGAUAAUGAAAGAGUAGGGGGAUACAAAAAAGGAAACUUUGCGUACGUCAGGGAACACUCGUCUUUUCUCCGUACCUUGUUUCUUUUCGUUGUUUGUUUUCUUUUUUUUUUUUUCUCUAGCGGCGAGAAGGGUAUAAUAAGAAGAAACACACGGCGUACGAAAGGCCGUAAAAACCGACUGAUCGUCUGUGUACGAGCGAUAUAAAAUUUUUCGCUCUAGUAUGUGCGAGAGUGUGAACUUGAAUGGAUGUGCGCGCGUGCUUCUGGGUGAAUGUCUCUACUCGCGUGGUUCGUAAAAGAAUCAGUUGUUAAUAUUUUAUUAUUAUUACUUUUAUUAUAUUAAUAUUAUUAUAUCAUUAUCAUUAUUAUCAUCGGCGUCGUCAUUCACGAGUACAGGUUUAUUUUUACUUUUUAUUACCGCAAUAAUACGUUAAUUGUUUAUCGCAUUACGAUUAUUUGCUACAAAUACUAUCAUUGUUAUCAUCGUCAUCGCCAUCAACGUUUUCAUUACUAUUGGUAACGUCGAUAUCAUAUCAUUACUGCUAUUAUUAUUAUUAUUAUUAU